AUGGGAGCAGCAUCACCUCUCAUGACAACGCCACUUGCUGGUAAGGACAAACCUUUUGGCAAGCGGGUACCAACACCCGCCUCAAUCGACCGCCUUCACAAACCAUUCAAAUGCCCUGGAGUUGCUGGAAGAAGCCCUGCCGUUGAUCGAACAUCCCGCAAACGAAGAAAAGUCGAUUAUGGUGGUGCCGAUGGAGAAGCAGAUGAUGACAAACCAUACUCCAACGAUGACAGGCUCGCCCUUGCUACUCGAGACAUAAAUCGAUUUCCCGUUUUUCAAGCCAAGGAGAAGACUCUUGUUUUCCGUAAGGCCUUCUCUGUUCCGCUGAAAAACAAAGAUAGCGCUGCAUAUAACCCCAAUCGUGCUCCUCCCACUCUUGGCCUUCGGCAGGGGGCUGUUUUUGUUGCUAAGCCGUUGCACGACCCUAGCGGCGAAUUCGCUAUCGUUCUUCAUGAUCCGACAAUUGACGACAAACCGAAAGAUGUUCCCAAGGUUAUCGAGCCGGUCACAGCUGAUGCCUCGUCUGGCAAUCUCGAUGCACCGCUUGUUCACAAAAGCUUGUCUGAGAUUUUAGGAAUAAAAAAGAAGGUGGACGGCGAGCACCCUCGGGUUCCAGUUGUCAUUGAUCCAAAGCUCGCCAAGAUUCUCCGGCCGCAUCAAGUUGAAGGUGUCAAGUUCAUGUAUCGUUGUGUCACUGGCCUGAUUGAUGAGAAGGCCAACGGCUGCAUCAUGGCCGACGAAAUGGGGUUGGGAAAAACUCUCCAGUGCAUUUCCCUUAUGUGGACAUUACUCAAGCAGUCCCCUGAUGCAGGCAAGUCAACAAUCCAGAAAGCCAUUGUUGUUUGCCCUGCCAGUUUGGUGAAGAACUGGGCCAACGAAUUGGUUAAAUGGCUUGGCGCUAACGCCGUCACCCCAUUUGCCAUUGACGGAAAGGCUUCCAAAGAGGAAUUGACACGACAGCUUCGACAAUGGGCUAUCGCAAGUGGCCGCGCUGUAACCCGGCCAGUCAUCAUUGUCUCUUACGAGACCCUGAGAUUGAACGUGGAGGAGCUUAAGCAUACAAAAAUCGGUCUGCUUUUCUGUGACGAGGGCCAUCGUCUCAAGAAUAGCGACAGCAACACCUUCAAUGCUCUCAACAGUCUUAAUGUCUCAAGACGUGUCAUUCUGACCGGCACACCUAUCCAGAAUGAUCUUACAGAGUAUUUCUCACUCACAAGUUUUGCCAACCCUGAUCUGCUUGGAACAAGGCUGGAAUUCCGCAAGCGAUACGAAAUCCCAAUUUUACGAGGUCGAGACGCCGAUGCGUCAGAGGCGGACCGCAAGAAGGGUGAUGAGUGCACUGCAGCAUUGCUUGGUGUUGUCAACAAGUUCCUAAUCCGCCGCACGAACGAUAUCCUUUCCAAAUACUUGCCUGUCAAGUACGAACAUGUUGUGUUCUGCAACCUGGCACCAUUCCAAUUUGAUCUUUACAACUACUUCAUCGAGAGCCCCGACAUCCAGGCCCUAUUGAGAGGCAAAGGGAGCCAGCCCCUAAAGGCCAUUAAUAUUCUCAAGAAGCUUUGCAACCAUCCCGAUUUGCUGAACAUGGCAGACGACUUACCGGGCUCGGAGCAGUGUUACCCCGACGAUUACGUCCCCAAGGAAGCACGUGGUCGAGAUCGCGAGAUUAAGCCGUGGUACUCGGGCAAGAUGGCUGUAUUAGAUCGCAUGCUGGCUCGCAUCCGUCAAGACACGAAUGAUAAAAUUGUACUGAUCAGCAACUAUACUUCCACGCUUGAUCUUUUCGAACGAAUGUGCCGUUCCCGCCAAUACGGAUGUCUCCGUCUUGAUGGUACCAUGAAUGUCAACAAGCGCCAGAAGCUUGUCGAUCGUUUCAAUGACCCCGAAGGCGAUGAAUUUAUCUUCUUGCUCAGCAGCAAAGCCGGUGGAUGCGGUAUCAAUCUUAUUGGUGCGAACCGUCUUGUCCUUUUUGACCCUGAUUGGAAUCCCGCAGCCGAUCAACAGGCACUGGCUCGAGUGUGGCGUGAUGGACAAAAGAAAGAUUGUUUCGUCUACCGCUUCAUUGCAACCGGUACCAUCGAGGAGAAGAUCUUUCAGCGACAAUCUCACAAGCAAAGUUUGUCUUCUUGUGUCGUCGACUCGGCGGAAGAUGUCGAACGACAUUUCUCUCUUGACAGCCUGCGCGAGUUGUUCCAGUAUCGGUCGGACACCAAGAGUGACACCCAUGAGACAUUCAAAUGUAAACGGUGCAAGCCAGACGGCAAGCAAUUCAUCAAAGCACCGGCCAUGCUGUAUGGUGAUACCAGCACAUGGAACCAUUUCGUUAACGAAGGACUCAAACCUAUCCAGGACUUGUUACUCAGGCAGGAGUGUGGAGAGUCCGAGGUUUCUGCUGUUUUCCAGUACAUCUCCCAUUGA